UGACAGUUGUACCGGAUGUUGUGAUCUGGCUGACUUGACCCCCGGCCGGCAGCCGCGGUGGACUGGAGCUCCUGCAGGUGAAUUUACCCCAACAUGUCGGGGGCGGCCAGGUGAGCGGCUCCGUGUGCGUGCGCGUGCGUGUUGGAGCCAGAAUGGAGGCGCUGAGCAAGCUGGGAGGCCUGCUGCUGCACGCGCUGGAGACGAGGGAGCCGUCGGUGGACCUGUUGGAGUCGUUUGUGGAUCACUGGAAAGCGAUCACCAACUAUUACAUUGAGACCACAGAUGAGAGUCGUCCAGUCAGACAGACAGACAUCCCCUGGCGUCUCAGGCAGAUGUUGGACAUACUGGUGUAUGAGGAGAAACAGCAGGGUGUGGAGGAGACAGGCCCGUGUCUGGAGUAUCUGCUGCAGCACAAAAUACUAGAGACACUCUGCACACUGGGCAAGGCACAGUAUCCUCCUGGAAUGUCUCAGCAGGUUUUGUUGUUCAUCUCAAAGUUCUUGUCUCAGAUCCAGAAACCUCUGUUGCACCUCAUCAGCGUGUACAGACCUGUACAGAAGCUGAUCCGGCUCUGUGCACUUCCUGGUUCGCACACCGAGAAGGAGGAAGCUCAGUUCCUAUUGGUCGUCUGCUCCAGGGUCAAACAGGAUCCCUACGUCCUCCACUACGUCUUAGAGCUUCCAGACCAAUCAGCAGCCAGGACUUCAGGCUCCGCCCCUGACCAAUCAGAGGCCAGGAAACAAGCCUCCAAUCACAUGACAGAGACCGACGUGCCUUCCAACCCAUCAGGUUCACCCAUGUCUUCUUUAAGCCCCGCCUCCAGCCCCGACCAAUCAGAAUGCUCUGCCUCCAGCCCCAACCAAUCAGAGAGCAGUGUGUCCAGCGGCCUGCUGUUUGCUCUGGUGCAGCUCACCAAGAGCCAGAAGUCCUCGGUGCGUCUGAAGGCCUGCUCCUCUCUGCUGCUGCUCUGCUCCCUGCAGGCCGGGGAGGCAGGGGGCACUGAGGGUUCUGCAGGUUCUGCAGGUUCUGCAGGUUCUGCAGGUUCUGGAGGUUCUGCAGGUUCUGCAGGUUCUGGAGGUUCUGGAGGUUCUGCAGGUUCUGGUGGUUCUGGUGGUUCUGCAGGUUCUGCAGGUUCUGCAGGUCCGGGGGAGGUUCUGGCAGAGCGAAGCCCCCUGGCGGUGCUGCUGGCUGGGCGGCUGGUGCAGCUGCACGGCCUGCUGCCCCUGGAGCAGCUGGAGCCCAGAGAGCUGCAGGGCUGGCAGCACACACCCUGGAGCUCCCAGUUCUCCCAGUCCAGCUCAGACGGCACCGAUCAUGUGACCAACUUCUUCUGCUGGCUGGACUUCCUGGAUCACCUGAUGAAGGAGGCGCCGCAGGUGCUGGCGGUGAGGCUGGCCCAGGCGGUGCACCAGGCGUGGCUGCUGGCGGUGCUGCAGCCUCAGCUGCUGCAGAUGGCGGAGCCGGCCGUCCUGCUCAGCACCGCCCUGCUCAGCGCGGUGGUGCGACUCGUCCAGUCGGCGGCGCUGCUCGACCAGCUGGUUCUGUUCCUGCUGGGCCCACACACACACACACACACACACUCACACACACAUACACUGAGGGAGCGCCUGCUGGAGCGCUGCGACCACAUCUCCGACCAGAUCAGCAUGGCGUCCCUCUGUCUGGUGGAGGAGCUGCUACAGAAGCCUCAUGAGGACAUUCUGACCAUUCUGGUGCUGAGGAACCUGGAGAGUCGCAGCUACCUGUCGCUGCCCCCUGCUGGUGUGGAGGAGCGGCCGACAGCCGACCCUGCAGAGGAGAACGAAGACCUGGAGGAGGAUCCCUUCUUCUCAGACAGCAUGUUCUCAGACAGCCAGCUGCUGCCGCCUCCUCUCUCCUGCCCCGCCUCCUCCUCCGCCUCCUCCUCCUCCUCUGGACAGGGCUCAGCCGCAGACGUCGUCAACAGCUUCCUGUGUCUGGUUCCUCAGCAGGCUCGGUCAGCUCACCUGCUGCAGGGAGGAGGAUAUGACUCCUACGUCCACGAUGCUCACAGCCUGGUGAAGGAGUGCCUGUCUCUCUCUCAGUCGUGGGAUUGGCCGGACAGCCUUCCUCCUCCCUCCUCCUCAGUUUGGGGGGCGGAGCCUUUCUCUGAGGGUUCUCUGCUCAAGGUGCUGCUGGACCGACUGGGACGCAUCCUGGAACAGCCGUAUGAGCUGAACCUGCAGCUGACCUCCAUCCUGUCCAGACUGUCUGCCUUUCAGCACCCACUGCUGCAGGAGUACCUGCUCAACCCCUACAUCAGCCUGUCUCACUGCUGCAGGUCUCCCUUCUCUGUCCUCAUCAGGGUGAUAGGAGAGUUGAUGCAGAAGAUCCAGCUGAUCCCCAAUCUGACAGACAGACUCGUCAACGUUAGGAAGCAGCUGCUGGGAGUGGACAACAAUGCAGGGCUGGAGCACCUGACUCUGCUGAGAGGCGUCAUCGUCCUGGAGGAGUUCUGCAAGGAGCUCGCCGCCAUCGCCUUUGUUAAGCUCCCCCUCAACCACGUCUGACUCCUGCUGCUCCCCGUGUCCUCCUGCUGCUCCCCGUGUCCUCCUGCUGCUCCCGGUGUCCUCCUGCUGCUCCCCGUGUCCUCCUGCUGCUCCCGGUGUCCUCCUGCUGCUCCCCGUGUCCUCCUGCAUCUUCUUGUUAUAGUACAUCUUUGGCUGGGAGCUGAUCACCUGUCCAACUCAGUCGGGGCUGCAGUUUGUCCCAGACCGGAUCCUCCUGCUCUGAACCUGCUCAGACCGGUUUGUUCUGGUCAGGAUCUUCAGUUUGAUUUGCUGAGAGAGAGAGAGACGAGUCAGUCCGGACUCAGACUGAGCACGACCUGACGUCAGGCCGCCAGCCUCAGCUUGCUCACCACGGCCAUGACGCCCUGAGUGGACGGACUGUGAGCCCAUCAUCCAAACCACGUCCAGAGUGGAGUUGUGGCGUGAGCCCGGCGGUCUGCAGGCGGUCUGGAGGCGGCCUGGAGUUGGUCUGGAGUUGGUCUGGAGGCGGUCUGCAGGCGGUCUGGAGGCGGCCUGGAGGCGGCCUGGAGGCGGUCUGGAGUUGGUCUGGAGUUGGUCUGGAGUUGGUCUGGAGGCGGUCUGGAGGCGGUCUGGAGGCGGUCUGGAGGCGGUCUGGCGGUCUGCAGGCGGCCUGGAGGCGGCCUGGAGGUGGUCUGGAGUUGGUCUGCAGGCGGUCUGGAGGCGGUCUGGAGGCGGCCUGGCGGCCUGGAGGUGGUCUGGAGGCGGUCUGGAGGCGGUCUGCAGGCGGUCUGGAGGCGGUCUGGAGGUGGUUAGAGAUGCGGCGUGGCCACACUGAACAGCUGUGUGGAUGCACAUGUGCCCCCAGUGCUUUCUGAACUGUGAAACCAAAGUAAAAGACAACAGGUCUGGAACUUUUUUACGGCCAGGAUCUGGAAGUACAUUUCCUGUUUAUUUCUCCCAUGGCCUUUUAGAAAAUCAGCAUUUUAAGAACGUUAUGGCCUGAAUGGAGCAGGACGUUUUUUAAAAAGAAUCAAAAAACAUUAAGUUCCCUGCGGAUGCUCCUCUCUUCAUCCCUAAAAAACACCAGAUAUCUGACUGGAAACCGUCCUGGCAACGACAAAACAACAGCCUCCUCCGUCUAGACGGUCACCAUGGUAACAGCUCUCUGAUUGGCAGAGCCUGUUUAAAGGACAAAGUGGAUGUGAAGAUGCUGUCAUGCAGCAGCGUCGAGCUGAUGGGACGUUCGAUGAGCCUUCAGUAAGCCCCGCCCAUGAGCGUGACUUUGGCCUGUGGCAGCCUGCGGUUCUGCUGUAGCCCUGUGUGGAAACAGGAAGUAGACUGUCACAGCAGCCGACAGGACCUGUGACGCUCGUACGUGAUUGGCUGCUGACGGGCAGUGCUGUCCUAAAGGCACCAGCAGUUUGUAUUUUUUUCUUUCUCUGUAAUCUCUAAACUUUUGGGUGACUUGAGCUACCAGUUAUGUCCCAGUAUCCCUAUAAGCUCCGCCUCUUGCCGCAGCUCCAUCAGCUGUGAUCCGGCGGGGAGGCUGAGCGCCGCGGCCCGGCGGCCUCCUGACGCCGCGGCCCGGCGGCCUCCUGACGCCGCGGCCCGGCGGCCUCCUGACGCCGCGGCCCGGCGGCCUCCUGACGCCGCGGUCGUGUUGUUUAUGUGAAAUGUUGAUGCAGAUGAUGCCACUCGUGCAGAGCAGACGGUGCUGUGAAACAGAAUCCGCCGCUCCUCGCUGGGCCUCAGCUCUUAAAGCAAAUACCAUCGAACCGCAGCGCCACCCAGAGCCAAACGGCUGCAGCUGCACACACAACACUGCUAGAAAUAAAGUUUCAUGGUGCUGGACGAUGGAUUGUAUUUUCCAGAUGUAAGAGAAAAUAUUUGGUACAGACUCAUUUAAUUAUUUUAACAGCUUUUUCAGAGAAAAUUUAAAUUAUGGUUCAAGAAUUAUUGUUCUUAUUAAAAUCGUGAUUAAUUUGUCUUUUUAAACACAUGGGGAGGCACAGACUAAAGUAUUAAUAUAUGUGGGGAAUGCAUCCUGCAUGCAAACAGAAGGCUGACCUCGGUGAACUUUGACCUCUGAAGUUGCGCAUGACCUGAAGAAUCUCUGCCGUGUCCCGGUGACCUCUGGGCUCCGGUGCCUUGAACAUCCUGCAAAGAAUGAUGGGAUGUGAAAUGGCACCUUGGAAGCCUGGAAAAACUUUGUAAAAUCAUAAAUUCCCUGUAAAGUUUAUCUAUAAAGUCCCAGAAUGAUCACUUGAUGCUGUUUUUUUUUUUUUUUUUAAUCUACUCUACUAGGAAGCAGUGCCCCCCCUCUGGUCCUCACCACAAUACACUGAUUUUAGCUGUGGCAAAUCAAUUCUUUAACAGAUUUUUACCUUUUUGAAAACUGAGCAAAUAUUUCUUUCAGAAAUAUAAGAAAAAUGGUGAUGAGCAACUUGGCAGGAAAUUCCCCCAAAUCUGAAAGAAAUUAGUAAAAAAAAAAAAAAAAAAGUAACGUAUGAAUUAGAAAAAAGAAGAAUGAGAAAAAAAUCUGAAUAUUAAAAAUACACCAAAAAAUGUCCAGAAGGAGGUAUUUAUACUUAUUAUAUUCCUAAUUAUAUAUGUAGAAUAAUCAGUGUGUGUUGAUGACAUCACACUGUGAUGUCACUGAGGCGGAUUCUGUUUCACAUAAACUGAAUGUUAAAAAAAAAAAAAAAAUAGACAAAUGCUACUGAAAUGGUACAGACAACCUUAUGCCUUAAACUGUGUGUGUGUGUGUGUGUGUGUGUGUGUGUGUGUGUGUGUGUGUGUGUGUGUGUGUGUGUGUGUGUGUGUGUGUGUGUGUGUGUGAGAAGCAGUGUUUUGAUUGUGGCCGUGGGUUUCUAAAAGAUGUGACUCGGUUUGUUCAGCCUCUCAGAGACAGGAGCUGCUGCCACCUGCUGGUGGAAACACGUCACUGCAGCUGCAGGCUGACCCAACAGGAAACUCACCUGGCAGGUGAGCAGCUGCAGGGACGACCACAGCGAUGAUGAUGAUGAUGAUGAUGAUGAUGAUGAUGAUGAUGAUGAUGAUGAUGAAGAUGAUGGUUAUGGCUGCCAGCUCAGAUUUAAAAGCACAAUGAGCAGGAUUUAUAGUUGCACAUAUUUAGACUUAAUGCACAUAUUUUGAUACAGCUUUAUGUAUAAUAGUUGACAUUUAAGUUUUUCUAAUUCUGAUUCUGAACACAGCAGUUGGCUUCUCCUCCCUGCCUAAGCUAACUGCCAGCAGCCAGUUUUCCUUUCUUAGGAUGGCGAUGAAAUGAAACCGCUCAAAAUGUAAUGUUCCCAUCCUUGGAAAAAAAAA